UGACACUGAGAAUCGCCGGCCUAAAAUGCAAUACUUGGUGAUUUCAAUCGUCUCACAUGGCAUAUUUGAUCCCACCAGUCCUAUAUGAGGAAAUUUGAGCAAUACUCUACAGCUUUAUCACUCGUACAUUUUCGUUUACGUAUUGAAUUAGGCCGAUUUCUAUGAAAGAAUUCGAUUUUUAACUAGAAAUGGUCGAACUUCUGUUUUCAUUUCUGACCCUUCCAAGAAUAGUCUGUCCCAGCGUGCUCUGCUUUAUCGUGUUUUUGCGGCUUUAGCUGACACAGAGAUAUCGAGGAAUCCCUGCAUGUGAGAUUGGAAUGCCAGCUCAGUGGAUUGUUCGCGAACUUGGUGUCUUUUCAGGCUCAGCUUCAGACAGUUGCCAGGGAGGAGACUAAGGAGCAAAGUUAGUGGAGGUUAUUUCAGUUCUUGGCGUAGUGGGCCUUUUGCUCACUGGACGAACAUAACCAGGAUCUGGGGAAGAGAUGAAUGCAGAUCCUAUACUUCAAGAGACCUUAAUUAAAAGAUCACAGCAGAAAAAACGGACUUCUCCACUCAACUACAAAGAAAGGCUCUUUGUCUUAACAAAGUCAAGAUUAACAUACUAUGAAGGUCGUUCUGAGAAAAAACACAAAAAGGGCUCCAUUGAUUUACAAAAAAUCAAGUGUGCAGAAAUUGUGAAGCAUGACAGUAGCCCUAUUCCUUGUCAAAACAAGUAUCCUUUUCAGAUUAUAUAUGAUUGUAAUACUCUGUACGUUUUUGCUCCAAAUGCUGAGAGCAGAAACACGUGGGUGAAAAAGCUCAAGGAAGAAAUUAGAAAUAAUGAAUUGAUAAUGCCCAAAUAUCACCCAAAGUUCUGGGCAGAAGGAUCAUGGCAGUGCUGCAGGCAAGCAGAUAAACUUGCUCCAGGCUGUGAGGAAUAUAACCUCUUUAGUGAUCUUAGUCGUAAACCACUUCCACCAACACCAGAUGAUGUGCAGCUACAUAACAAUCUCCCAGGAAUUGUUUAUAAGCCUCCAGCACAUUUACCAGAAGAUGAAGAAGAGGAGGAGGCAGAAGAGGAGGAAGAAGCUGAGGUGGUUCUUGCAAUGUAUGACUUUGAAGCAUUGGAGUCCCAUGAUUUAAGUCUAGUUAAGGGUGAAGAAUAUGUGCUGAUAACAAAGUCUGAUAUGCAUUGGUGGAGAGCAAAAGACAAAAAUGGAAAUGAGGGUUACAUACCGAGCAACUACGUAACUGAGAAGAAAUCCAGCAAUUUAGAAAAAUACGAGUGGUAUUGUAAAAAUGCUAAUAGAAGUAAAGCAGAAUAUUUACUAAAAUCUGAGGAUAAAGAGGGAGGAUUUCUUGUGAGAGAUUCUAGCCAGCCUGGGAUGUAUACAGUGUCUCUUUACACCAAAUUUGGAGGAGAGGGAUCUAUUCGACAUUACCAUAUAAAGUUAACCCAGACACCUCAUAGACAGUACUAUCUGGCAGAAAAACAUUUGUUUACUAAUAUUCCUGAUUUAAUAGAGUAUCAUCAAUACAAUGCAGCAGGUCUUGUCACAAGAUUACGAUAUCCAGUGGCCCGCAAAGGACGAUCUGCACCUAAAACUGCCGGCUUUAGCUAUGAUAAAUGGGAAAUAAAUCCAUCUGAACUAACAUUUAUGAAAGAGUUGGGAAGUGGACAGUUUGGAGUGGUACGCUUAGGGAAAUGGCGAGCUCAACACAAAGUAGCAAUUAAAGCAAUUCGCGAAGGUGCAAUGUGCGAAGAGGAUUUCAUAGAAGAAGCAAAGAUCAUGAUGAAGUUAUCUCAUCCUAAAUUAGUGCAAUUGUAUGGAGUUUGCACACAACAAAAGCCAAUUUAUAUUGUGACUGAAUUUAUGGAACUCGGUUGUCUACUGAACUAUCUCAGACAAAGGAGAGGGCAGCUAAACAACGAAAUGUUACUGAGCAUGUGUCAGGAUGUGUGCGAAGGCAUGUCAUACUUGGAAACAAAGAAGUUCAUCCACAGAGAUCUGGCUGCCAGGAACUGUUUGGUGAGUGAAUCACACGUGGUGAAAGUGUCUGAUUUUGGGAUGACCAGAUAUGUCUUGGAUGAUCAGUACACUAGUUCUUCAGGUGCCAAGUUUCCUGUGAAAUGGUCACCCCCUGAGGUGCUACAUUACUCUAAGUUCAGCAGUAAAUCGGAUGUGUGGUCAUUUGGUGUUCUGAUGUGGGAAGUUUAUAAUGAUGGAAAAAUGCCAUUUGAAGCUAAAACAAAUGCAGAGGUAGUUGAUUUCAUUUCAUCUGGCUUUCGAUUAUAUCGACCAAAACAAGCAUCAAAGGCUGUUUAUGAGAUCAUGAAUCUUUGUUGGCAUGAGAAAGCUGAGGGAAGACCAUGUUUUUCAGACUUACUACUGAUGAUUAAUCAAAUAAUGGAACCUGACUAUUAAAGUGACUUUCAGUUGGCUUUUGGAAUUAAGUCAAAAAUCUGCAGAUGUGUUACUGGAUUAUGACAAGUUGUUUUUGGUGUCUGUCAAAAGUUCAAAACAUCAGUUGAAAACUUUGUGUGUAUCUGAAACACAUUAUGAUGAGUAAGAACAAGAAGCCACCUGUUGAUGCAUAUGCUCAAGGGACAUAUGGAAUAUUAAGCAUAACAGUACAUAUUGUUAAGUAAUAUAUCCAUUUUCUGUGAUAUAAUCUCAGCUGAUUCCAUCUAGAGUGCACAACACAAUACCAAUGCCUUGCAUUGAAACUGAUCCUGAAUUCUCAGUUUUUGAGUUUUUUUAAUGCCAAUUCCAAAUCUUAAGGGCAAGUUUUGAUCCACAUUCUAUUUUACUUGACACUAUAAAUUUAAUUAAACCAUCAAAAAUAUUUUGCUGAACACAUUUUUAGCAAUUUUAAUUCUUUAUUGCCUCUGCUUGAGUUGAAUAUUCUGAGUGCAAUUGCAUAAUUCUAUAACAUUAUGCCACACAAUCCUGUUGAAUUACUGAAAACUUAGAUAAAUUGUUGAAUGAUGGAGAUCAUAUUUGAUAGCUCUAAUUAACAAUUGGAAGAGCAAUCCAUAAUCCAAAUUGGAUAGAUUUAUUAAACUUAGAGCUCACACAGCUUACAACAGAAGACAUAUUUUUAAAAUUGCUGGAAAUAUUUCCAUCAGCAACUGGAAAAAUAUGGUUAAGAUGUAGAUUUUUCAUUAGAUUUAACUUGCAUUAGGGAUGAAAACCUAUCCCUUUCAUUUUGAAUUUUUGUAUUUUUUGUAUUAUAUAAGUACUUCUGGUUAACUUGAAAUUAUUGAUGUGAAAGUAAUUAUUGAAAAAGUGAAGUACAUAUUAUUUUUCAGAAGUAGCAAUGUAACUGUAAAUAACAGUAGAAAAUAAUACUGAUCUAUUUGUAUGAAGAAACGAAUCAAGUUUCAGAUAUUGAAGUUCUCGUUCAAAAUUAGAAGUGUCAACUUUCCUCAAUGCCUUCGGUAAAUUGUUUUGCAUUACUGGUUGUGGUGGGUUUGUUGAUGGAAAAUUUGGAUGACUGAGAAUAUUGGGUGUCUGACCUAAGUACAUCAGUCUAACUUCCAGUGGGGUUCAAGAGCAUUCUAGUUCAUGAUGUGAAUCAGCACAUGGACUCACUGUCUGUCUGGUUAGUGUCCCCAUUUCCAUACAAGGUCUUCUGUGCAAGUAUGGGGUGUUGAGGAAAUUCAUAUGAACAUAAAGAAAAACUUGCAACACUGAAUAAAAAUAACCUGCUAUUUAAAAUUAUCAAAAGAGGAUAAGGCAGGAAAGAUUGUAAUAUAAACAUGAAAUUAGAUAAUUUAAACACAGUAAAUUGUGACAGGAUUUACAUUAUUAACACUGUGUUUAAAUAUUUGCUCCAUUGAAGCAUUUUAGUGCAGGUUUGUAUUUUGAUGGGGAGUUCCCAUAGCCCCUACUUUCUUAAGUACCAGUGGGCACUGAAAAGUAACUAUUGGCUGGA